CCGUGUCCCUCCCCCGGACAUUUGGAAGCACCCAUAGCCGAUUCCUGCGCCGAGUGCCUGCCUUGUCUGCCUCAGGCUCCAACGGGAUCCAUGUCUCGAGUCCCGCCUUGCAUAUGUGAAGAGCUGUCAGUUGUCACUGGCGAUCUCGCUUCGAUCAUGCUUUAUCCCCCCUUCCCCCCCACGAAUGAGCUAGUAUUGCCCCUAGGGCGGAUACUCGGGAUGAUUAGAGAGAGAGAAAGAGAAAGUAAGAAAACCAAAAGAACGAGAGAGCUAUUCUGGGGGCCAAAAGAUCGCCAUCAAAUACGAGGAGAAACUAUUGACGGGCGCGGUCCGGUGGUGUCAGGUUCAGGAUCUGCUCGAGUCGUUGUGCAUCUCCCGCGCGCGGCGGCCGGAAAAUGUGAGACACCAAAAAAUAAAUAG